UCCCUCUCUGUCUAUAUACCCACUCUGUUUUCUUGUCUCUCUCAGGGAUCGCUGAGGUAAGAAAAUGAAGCACAACAAUGAGAUCCCGAACUCACACUUCAGGAAGCACUGGCAGAACUAUGUGAAGACAUGGUUCAACCAACCUGCCAGGAAAACCAGAAGAAGAGUUGCGAGACAGAAGAAAGCCGUGAAGAUCUUCCCUCGUCCUACCUCUGGACCUCUCCGCCCCGUUGUUCAUGGUCAGACUCUUAAGUACAACAUGAAACUCAGAGCCGGAAAAGGUUUCACUCUCGAAGAGCUUAAGGCUGCUUGUAUCCCUAAGAAGUUGGCUCCAACGAUCGGAAUUUCAGUUGAUCACCGUCGUAAAAACCGUUCCUUGGAGGGUCUUCAAUCAAAUGUCCAGAGGUUAAAGACUUACAAGGCCAAGCUGGUUGUGUUCCCGCGCCGAUCUCGUAAAGUCAAGGCUGGUGAUUCUACUCCAGAGGAGCUUGCUAAUGCAACUCAAGUCCAAGGAGAUUACAUGCCUAUUGCUAGAGAGAAGGCUCCGAUGGAUCUUGUGAAGGUGACUGCUGAUAUGAAGGCAUUCAAGGCUUAUGAUAAGAUCCGUCUAGAGCGCACGAACCAACGCCAUGCAGGUGUCAGAGCCAAGAGAGCUGCCGAUGCUGAGAAAGAAGAGAAGAAAUAAGAAUGCUGGCUUUAAGGCUUUAUUCAUUCUUGAGUUUUUCUUCUUGAUCUUGUGAUCUCCAGUUUUUCUUGUACUUGGUUUUCUGAUUUACUAAAAGUUCUAUAUACUUAACUUUAUUUAUUAUUCACGAUCCUUCGUACUUAAAUGAUAAAAAAUUUAUUCAUUAUCUUUCAGUCA